GAACCAGCACAACCCGAGACUCGCAGCCGAGGGCGUAGUGUAUUUGCCGGUCAACAGUGAGCAAUUUAAGAAAGAAACCCGUGAAGUUACCAUGUCGUCUUUCGCGCUUCGAUUGGCCCCCCGGUGGCUAGCCGGCAAAUCCUCCCGCCAACUUCUAGCCGGGGCGCAGAAAAACACUUUCUUCACCUACUCGAACCAAAUAUCCCAGCCGCUGGAACGCGAGCCGAAGUACACGACGGCGGAGGAAGCGGUUAAAGUCAUCAAAUCAGGUGAUGUCGUGUUCGCGCAAGGUGCCGCAGCGACCCCGGUCCACCUGCUCGAUGCGAUGACGAAGCAUGGCAUGGACAAUAACCUACGCGACAUCACGGUAACUCACAUGCACACUGAGGGACCAGCAUCCUACUGCAAGCCUGAAUGCAAAGACGUGUUCCGUUCAAAGUCACUCUUCAUGGGUGGCAACGUACGGACGGCCGUAGCCGAUGGCCGGGGUGACGCUGUGCCGAUCUUCCUGCACGAGAUUCCGCUUCUGUUCCGCCGCAAGCUCAUCCAGCCGGACGUUGCCAUCGUGUCCGUAUCACCUCCAGACAGUCACGGUUACUGCACGCUGGGUACGAGCGUCGAUUGUGUUCGUGCCGCACUCGAGAACUCGAAGGUGAUCAUAGCGCAGGUGAACAAGCAAAUGCCGCGUACGUUCGGUGACAGCAUCAUCCAUCAGUCGCACUUUGAUUAUGCGGUCAACGUUGACAUUCCGCUGCCCGAGCACGGAGGACACGCGAUGUCGGACGUCGAAACCAAGAUCGGUAAGCUGAUUGCGGAGAACUUGGUUGAGGAUGGUGCCACGCUGCAGAUGGGCAUCGGUAACAUCCCGGACGCGGUGUUGAAUGCGCUGCAUAACCACAAGGACCUCGGUAUCCACUCGGAGAUGUUUGCGGGCGGUGUAGUCGACCUGGUGCGGAAGGGUUGUGUGACGAAUGAUAAGAAGUCGUACCACCGGGGCCGCAUCGUUGGUUCGUUCCUGAUCGGAACCAAGAAGCUGUACGAUUUUGUCGACAAUAAUCCCUUCAUCGAAAUGCUGGAGAUCAACUACGUCAACAAUGUGGGCAUCAUCGCGCGGAACCCUAAGAUGACGGCCAUCAACUCGGCCAUCGAAGUCGACCUGACCGGGCAGGUGUGUGCGGAUUCGAUCGGUACGCGUAUGUACUCCGGUUUCGGUGGGCAGGUUGACUUUAUUCGCGGUGCCGCCGAGGGCUACGACGGCAAGGGCAAGCCGAUUAUCGCGCUGCCCUCUGUCACGAAUAAGGGACAGAGCAAGAUUUCGCCAAUCCUCAAGCCGGGCGCCGGUGUGGUGACGUCACGAGCCCAUGUCCACUAUGUCGUCACCGAGUACGGUAUUGCCAACCUGUUCGGACGCAGCUUGCGUCAGCGUGCGUACGGAUUGAUCCAAAUCGCGCACCCGGAUCAUCGCGAAGCCCUCGAGAAGGCUGCCUUCGAGCGACUAAAAACGAUGCCCUCACCGAACUAAACGGAACGGCAUACACACACGCACAUGGCACCCUUCCCCGUGCUACGAUCCGCAAAUAUCAAUCGGUUUUAGGGACGCGAGUAAAAGUAACAGCGAACACGAAAGGGUCAAAGGGAGAGAUAUUUAUCAUCGACGGUGUAACCGAGAAUUCAAAAGCAAUGUAUGCAGCUUAGUCACUAUUGGAACACGACCUACACUAUAUCGUUUCAUGGGAAGGCUAAUGAUUUGCCCAAUCCCUAUCUGUUGGAGCUAAUGGGGAGUUGCGUUUUAAUCUGUUUUUUUUUUUAUAUUCCGUUCUGAUAAUUAUAAUUAUGUUUGUGUACGUACUGUUUCGUGAUGAUUUUGGCACUCUAGCAUUUGAAUCCCACAAAGUGGAGAAUUUUGCUGGGUUAAUCGAAGAAAAAAAAUCCCAUUCGCAAAGCUAAGCAAAAUUACCAAAUAAAGCAAUUUAAUUUUAACCAAAAAAAAGCCUGUCCUCUGGCAAUAUUUUUCAACAUGUCUCGGUUCACCACCGAGCAAUCGGAAGGACUGGUGCACAUUGCAAAAUUGGGUUGAAAGCUUGCGUGCGUCAGGAGAAUCGAUCACACCACAAUGCCUAGAAUGCAACAAAGAAAACUGCCAGUGGAGAUCGUCGAUGGCGGGUACAAAGUUACUCACGAAUAGACCGCUAAUAGGAUCGUGUUAAUCGUUACGUGAAGAGUCACUAACGUCGCUAGCUAAUCAAUUGGUCCUUCUAGAGGAAGGUAGGCAAAAGCAAAAAAAAGUAGGACUGUUUAAUGUUCCACUAAUUCAGUAGUUUCACAAAAUCUGCCGUCGAUGCGAUGGAAUAGAAAAUUAGGAUUAAUUAGGACACAGCAUCUUUGCAUUAUACCAGACGUUAACGCGGAUUAGCACACACUAAAGCAAGCGGAGCAAACAAAGUGUUGAUAUUAGGUUGACUAAGGGCGAGUAAGUAAGAUACAGUCCACAAUCAACAUCAACAUACAACAAACUAUCUCAUUCAAUAGCACGCGGGUGUGCAAGCCUACUAAAUAAAUGCGGCAUAAUAAACGGCUGUAUUUUUGAGCAAAAUCCAAUCACUCAGUCCUUUGAAGUAGAAGCAAAAAUCAAUAAACAAAUCGUGAUCAAAUGUUGAGCCAGUCGAGACCUCACAAUUUAAUUUCAAAUAAAGCUACCAUUACUGCGAUAGCUUGGCGUUUCUCACUUCGUAAAAACAUCCAAAGCACCCUGAAGGUAUGCUAUUCGCAUAACACAACGAAUGUAUCUGUAACGUAGUUUCCAUUUAAAAUAUAAUUA